GGGCGCCAAUGGUUGGUUGCUUGGUCUGAGUAGUCGGCAACAUGGCAUGAAGCCGACUUGAGAAACUGGUUAAACCCCUGGAUAGUUUGUGGGGUACAGAUCGUGACGGGAAAUUCGGCGAAAUCCUCAUUAUGCCGAUAAUGUGGAGAAACUGCAGUUCUUUUCUCGGCAUGUUGCGCGAUUUAUGCCGAACCAUCUCGGCCGGGCUAGAGCUUUCUCCCCCAAACGUCUAGCUAUGACAACAAAGAAACCUUUACCAAACUAGUGCUGAUGACUAUCACGUAGUGGUGGGAUUCUAGGGAUACGUCACAAAUCAUUGCAACUUUGGAAGGUGAAGGGGUGUCUUCAAAUAUCCCUUGAGCCCCUCGGUAUCCCUACACGUUUCCCGAAAGCUUCGGACCUCACGAGGGCAGUAUCCUAAUCCGGCGUACCGAUUGACCACCAUGACAUCGGAAGGCGACGCGUCCAGUGCGGAGGAUAGGGUUACUCUGAGAUCCGCUCCAGUAUCCUCAUCGGCUUCAUCCCGACCAAAGACCAAACCUACCGCUUGUCGUAGGUGUCACUCGCGCAAAGUGAGAUGUUCCGGAGGUCAACCGUGUGAGAAUUGUCGCCAAGCAAGCAAGGGUGCAGAAUGCACAUACCCUCGGCGCAACCGCAUGGUAAAAGUUAGCCAGCGCUAUAUCGAUGACCUCAUUGCCGAGAACCAACGGUUGAAGAGCAACAGCGGCAUUGGAAGUCAACCUCGGGCAGCCAACCUACUCCCAGAUCUUGCAGUCGUUGCCCCGGUAAAAGAAACAACAGACACUAAUGCAACUGCCAUCCCAGCGCCAUCGCUUGAUGAGCGACCAUGGUUCUUCGACAUGAAUAUUCCACACACGCCAAUUCUCAUCGGCGAGGCCUCGGACGCUGCAUUCGCUACCCGCUUCCGCCAAGCAAUCUCAUCAGCUGAGAGCAGUCACAUCCCGCGGGUGAACUAUGCCACAGAUGAGAGGCUGCUCGCUCUGUCUGAUACAGACUGCCCUUGGCCUAGUCCGGCAAGAGCACGUUUCCUUGUCGGGGUUGCCCUGAGAUAUGUUAGCCGUUGCUACCACAUCAUUCGCAAGAGCUCGAUUCUGGAUGCCCUGGAACAGACCCUCCAGAACCCGGCUGAAAGUGAUUCGCUUCUCAAGAGUAAGCUGUGGGCGAUGUUUGCUAUCGGCGCCAUGUACUCGACCCGAUCUGCCACGUCGGAAAAGCACUUCCCUGGCAUGGGCUACUUUGCACGGGCAACUCGCAUCCUCCGCAUCGUCAGCGAACGACCGAGGAUCGAUGUUGUCGAGUUGAGAUUGUUGCUGUCUUUCUACUCUCUUGCGCUCAACCGGCGACAUACCGCCUACACUUUUGCCGGUUCCGCGACCAGGCUUGCUGUUGUCAUGGGCCUUCACCUAAACGUCCCUGAGACGCAGCUCAGAGAUGCGGCCGCUCGAGAGCAUAGAGUCAGAGUUUGGUGGACAGCCUACAUCUUUGACAGAAUGUGGGCAGCCAAGUUAAGCCACCCAGUCGCUGUCCAAGACAUCGACAUUGAGGUGGACCUGCCAUCGAAUCCGGUUGUCGAUGAUAACAUAGCGGAUGACUUUGCCGAUGCAUCAUAUUUUGUUGCUAGUGUAAAGCUCGCUGGCCUACUGGGGAAGGUGGUGCCAUCCAUCUAUCGAAGAAGGCUGCAAGACACCUCCUUAUCCCACAGAGUUCAAGAGGCCUUGAAAGAUCUUCGUGGAUGGUCUGCAGAGCUCCCUCCACAGCUUCACAUUGACUCGAAGCCUACAUCGGAACGCAUGCCAAAGCCCAUCUCGCUACAUCUUAACUUCAAUCAGUGCGCUAUCAGCACCACCCGCCCGAUUCUGCUCCAUGUGCUGCGAACGCAUGUCGCAUCUUGGGGAACACCAGAGACCCCAGAACCACGAGUUCCGGCCACCGCCAUGACUCUCGCAGAAACUUGCAUACGUUGCGCCCGCCACACCUGCCGACUCCUGACAGAAUGCUGGAUCGACGGGUCUUUUGCAACGUUUGACUACUUCUACACGCAGUAUCUCUUCUCGGCCGCCACCAUCCUCGCUGCAUCUAGCCUUCUGAGCGGCAAAGAGAGUCACAAUGACAGAGAACAAUUUGAAGAAGCAGCUCAGUUCUUGUCUCAGCUGAAGGAUAAUGGCAACUAUGCAGCCGAAGAGUUCUGCCAUCAUAUCGACGCUAUGAAGCCCACAAUGGCUGCAGCUCACGUGCGCCGUGGUGAUUUCGCCGUGGCUGGAGACUCGGCGGCUUUGCUGAACGACACAACAGCGGCUUUCACGGAUGCUGCAGUCAACCUCAACCAACCUUUCGCGGAGCAAAACACAACCGCUGGUAUGGCGCUCAACGAGCCGUCGUUGCAGGAGCUACUGGCCCAGCCACUCCUCGACUUGCAGUUUAUAGAUGCGUCGAUCUACAAUGAUGGGGCUCAGGGACUUUACUGGCCAGAUUUCAGCCCGGAAUCAUGGACGCCUGAGACGUGGACCGCAACUUGAGUACCUACCAGAUGACCAUCAAGCACGCGGACGUACACUUGACAUGCAGAUAUUGGGCAACAAGAAACAAUGAUUUGGGUUCCAAACUACUAAUACCAUCUACACAGAGGCUAUGGAUACUGUUUACCCAGCCGUUUUUGGUACAUCUCUUCCCAGAAUGGCCCGUCGUCCAGUGCGUUUUACCAAAACUUGAAAGGAAUUGCCAGCCUUCCAGCCGCAUUCGGCGUCGCACUAGCAGAAGCCGAAGAGCCCGAAGCACCUGAUGCCGUGCCGGCUUGUGAGCCAGUCGCGGCCGUAGUCGCUUGGGUCGUCGUCGUUACCGUAACCACAUCGGUCGUCGCGGCUGUGGCAGACACGCUUACACUACCAGUGCAAGCCUCCUCGCCAGAGACAAUCGUGUAGCUGGUGCUGCAGCCCACCCUAGGGCAGGCACUCUUGUCGCAACCAAACGUGAAGGUCUCUGUUGCUGCUGCACUGGGGCAGCCGCAUGACUGCGUCAGAGUCGACACGGUCACGCAUUGCGGUGCCUCACCGGUGCAACUUGGACACAGUGAUAGCUCUGUUGCCGUGGGACACCCGUCUUCCACCACGGUAGGAAGCGGCACCGGGGUUGGGAGAGGAGUCAAUGAAUCAGUUGGCAGGAUCGAGUAAAGGAACGACUCCGAACUUGUCUGGGCAACAAUCGGUGCCGCGCUAUCAACGUUAGCGAUAAGUCUCUGUGCCAACGGUUGACAGAUUCAUACACGAAAAAGAGCGUUGCUACUUGGCUGGUCACCUUCAUCUUGAUUCUUUUGAACCUUGCCUAACAACUAUGGGGAAAAUGUUGUUUGAUGGUAUCACGAACAGAAAUUGAAAGUAAUCUGAUGAGGGAAGAAGCUAGUCCCACGGUCAGCCCAGCGCGAUCGAGCUCUUAUGAAGUAACGAGCCGGUAACACCACCGACGAUCAAGUCCUCCUGACAAGACGUCCGUCAUUCGUUCAUAAUCGUCGGUGUACAAACCACCAUCCUUUUUCGGCAUUGGGGUCUUGGCUUGCAGGGAUGCUAUUGCGGAGAGCCCGUAUCGACUGGCCACCAACCUCUUUGAUUCUACCCUAUUGCAGCACCCUUCAAGGAAAAACACGUAUUCUCACUGCGGCCAAUCCCCCAAAAGCAAGAGUCACACCAGCCGAAACUUAGUCUUCCAAGGCGCUCCUCCUUACGUUUCAGAAGUACGUGGACACAUCUAGGGUGCUGAUGCCAAGGACUACCGACCCGCGAAUCGUUCAUUGUCUUCAUCACCUUCCUAUAGAGGCACGAAUGCAGUGGCUCGUGCCCGCGCCGAUUAUGACGCAGAUUUUCAAUUGUACUCGCUCGUUCACCUGUUUCAAUAGGUAUUUACUUGACACCGAAACGUACAUGUACAUGCUCGUCGGGAGUUGAACCAGCAGGGCAUGAUCAGCCCAACGAGAGAAUUGACAAGAACAAUGUGCAUAAAGGGAAGCCCAGAAAUGUGCAGCGGAUCCAUUCAAUUCUUGGCAGAGAGAUCAGGGUAGGGAAAAGAGAGUAUUAUAGCCACAAUCGGCACCAUGUUAUACUUGAGAACAAAUCACUAAAUAGCCGCGAUCUUUCACUGACCGCCGACGAAUAUGGUGGCAUUCAAAUUUCGGCGCAGUUGAUUACCCUGGAAAUAUGUGUAAGAAAGAGGGCCAAUGCUUUGGGACCAAUGACCGAAUACGGGUACGCACUGAG